AUGCAAUCUCACCAGCCCCCGGGGGGCGGUUCUGAUGCCUCCGCGGGGGCUGGAAUGCGAAGAAAUGCGGGUGGUUGUUUGCUGCCCCAACCGAGUUCCUCUCGAACGCAGACCACUUCCACAAGCGGGAUUCCCGCGCCAAUAUGGUUGUCCACCAGCGCACGUCCCAUGGGAAGUGGGCCGAAUUUGAUGUCUCCGGGGCUACCGAGAGUGACUUCACCACCUCAACCACCACCACUGCCUCCACCACCACCCAGUCCACAACUUAUCCCCCUGAAAGUGCGUUUAGCACGUUCCAAAUCGAUCGCCUCGCCGACUGCCAGUUCAUUGACACGAACGGAUCAGUUGUCGGGGUCUGGAGCUCGUCGGCAAGAUCCAUUAUCGGUUUUGGCUCGUCGAGCAGCUUUCGGACAUGGCCCAUCCAAAUCUUUGCGUGAGUCUAGCUCACCUCCUGAUCCAGAUCAUUCGAGAGCUGGAUUGAAAGGACCAUCAUCAAUUCCAUCCAGCACUACUGCUCAGCCCAGUGAUUCCAGCGAAAAUGUGCCUUUCUCAACAACAGGUAUCUUUCUUCCAAUUGCUCAUCCGCGUGAACGCAAUCCAGUCGCUGUAUGUCUCGCCAGUAUAGUCUUUCUUGCGGUCUCUGCCACAAUUGCGGCCGUAUUCUCUACUCUCAUACUCCCACUUUGUCUCUUGGCCGCUUUGAUCCGUCGAGCUGGAUUAUUCUGGGCCAAUUGUUGUUGGUAUCCACCGACCACUCUGUGCUGU